GACAGCACGUCCGGUUGAAGGGACGCAAGAGCUCACGCGGACGCUCUCCGGGAGUGCUGAGUCGCAUAUCCUCUUUGGCAUCUCCACCGACAGAAACCGGCCGCUAUAUUUCAACCUAGGGCGGGUUAAAAACAUUCCUCUUCGAGUCGGAACGCUUUAUAUCAUUCAAAGGUGUGGCCUGAACACCGGGAUUUGGGUGGACACUUAACGGAGCCCAAGAACUGCGUAGCUCAAGCCGGACUAGUGAAAAUUCAAAACCCACGAUGGACCCGAGAGACACUGCCCCCGAUUCCUGGGAACAAGAGGACGAUGUGGAGGCCACAAUCGACGGACAGCUUGAAUCUGCUUUCACCAGCUUAAAUGUGAACGCCAAACCCUUUGUUCCUAAUGUGAACGCCGCCGAGUUUGUCCCGACAUUUGCCAUGAAAGCACACUCGGAAAAUCUCGAUUCAACGGUUCCAUUGGAGAAUGGUGACACAGAAAUGACUCCAGAGGAACCAUGGGACCAAAAAGAAGCUGAACCUAACGAGGAAGAGCCAGGAGGUGGGUGCUGUGGUGACAGAGGGCCAGCAGCGGCCGCAACAACUGAAGAGAUAGGGGCAGAGAUGGCAGAAGAGGAAGAGGAAACGCCUGCACCCAAAGGUCCCCCAACGCAGCCAGAUGCCCCGAAGAAAGAACACAUCAAUGUCGUGUUUAUUGGACAUGUAGAUGCUGGAAAAUCCACCAUUGGCGGACAAAUCAUGUAUCUUACGGGCAUGGUAGAUAAGAGAACCUUGGAGAAGUAUGAGAGGGAGGCAAAAGAGAAGAACCGAGAAACCUGGUAUCUUUCUUGGGCUUUGGACACCAAUCAAGAGGAGAGGGACAAAGGCAAGACUGUGGAAGUGGGCCGAGCAUACUUUGAGACGGACAAAAAGCACUUUACCAUCUUAGAUGCACCAGGCCACAAGAGCUUUGUUCCGAACAUGAUUGGAGGUGCAUCGCAAGCUGAUCUGGCUGUUCUGGUUAUCUCUGCCAGAAAAGGCGAGUUUGAAACAGGUUUUGAAAAGGGUGGACAGACACGAGAGCACGCAAUGUUGGCCAAAACGGCAGGUGUCAAGCACCUAAUUGUUCUGGUGAAUAAAAUGGAUGACCCUACAGUCAACUGGAGCCUUGAAAGGUAUGAAGAAUGUAAGGAGAAACUUGUGCCAUUUUUGAAGAAGGUGGGCUUCAACCCAAAGAAAGACAUUCACUUCAUGCCAUGUUCUGGACUAACGGGAGCAAACCUGAAGGAACCCACUGAUAUGUGCUCCUGGUACAUAGGUUUACCAUUUAUUCCACACCUGGACAGUUUGCCAAAUUUUAACAGAUCAAGCGAUGGCCCUAUUAGAUUGCCUAUUGUAGACAAAUACAAGGACAUGGGCACUGUGAUUCUUGGCAAACUUGAGUCGGGUUCCAUCAGUAAAGCACAACAACUCGUUAUGAUGCCGAACAGACAUGUGGUGGAGGUGUUGAGCCUCCUGUCCGAUGACGUGGAGACGGACGACGCUGGACCUGGAGAAAAUCUGAAGUUGAGACUAAAAGGCAUUGAAGAGGAGGAGAUCCUUCCUGGCUUUAUCUUAUGUAAUGCAGAGAACCUCUGCCAUUCUGGGCGGACCUUCGAUGCCCAGAUUGUCAUCAUAGAACACAAAUCCAUCAUCUGUCCUGGUUAUAAUGCUGUCCUUCACAUUCAUACGUGCAUUGAAGAGGUGCAGAUUACGGCCUUAAUCUGUCUGGUAGACAAAAAGUCAGGGGAGAAGAGUAAGACACGGCCGCGAUUUGUUAAACAAGAUCAAGUGUGCAUCGCACGUUUGCGCACAGCAGGAACCAUUUGCCUCGAGACCUUUAAAGACUUUCCUCAGAUGGGACGGUUUACCUUACGAGAUGAAGGUAAGACCAUCGCCAUCGGUAAGGUUCUGAAGCUGGUUGCAGAGCGGGACUGAAGAUGCAGCUACUUGAAAAAGACGGGUUAAAACUAACAGGUGGAGCUUGGUCAUAACCCGCCCAGUGUUGUCAGCGGCAAAGGCUUCCCCCUCUGAUGCCUACCUUCCAUGUGUCGAAGAUCAGCUUCACAGAAAAGUGAUAAAGAGUUACCGGUUUUUAAGUCAGUGAAAUCCAAGAAGUCCACUCAAGUCAGCUUUCUCAUAUUGAGAGCUCAGCUAUGCCAUUUCUGGGUUAGCCUGCCCUCCACCUCUUCCCAUCUCCUAAGUCUGCUCAGUUCAUCACAACAGUGAUUUUUUAUUUUUUUUUUAUACCCCAUUGUUUUUUUUCUCUCCCAGAAAUAACAGAAGUUAUAUCUGUAAGCAAAUGUGGACCAAGGUUUUUGCUUGGAGUGUAAAAUGAAUGCAGAAAUUUGCUGCAAAAAAAGAAUUUCACCAAUUGAAACCAAAAUGUUUAACAUGGGGUACGUGACUCCCUUUGCUUUUACCCAGUUUUUGGUUUCCCGUGUGGCGUUCUGGCUGUAUGCUUGAGCGUGCUCAAAUGUUAUUAAAGCAAACAACUAUGACAAUAAAAUGUUUGGAAAA